CACUUCCAGACAGCAAACAUGGCAGAAGAAGCACCAGCAGCAGCAGCCGCCGCCGGACCGUCCAAAGCCCAGGCCAAGCCCGCGAAGAAGAAGACGGCGGCCUCCAAGGCGAAGAAAAGCUCUCCCAACAUCUCCGAUGCGGUCUUGAAGGCGGUGAAAGACAGCGGGGACCGCAAAGGGACCUCCAUGUCAAGCAUCAAGAAAGCCAUUGCAGCGAUGGGGAUCGAUCUGGACAAGAGCAACAAGCGCGUCAACACGUCAGUGUGCAGACUGGUGACGAAUGGAGAUUUGAUCCAAGUCAAGGGUAAUGGCGCUUCUGGCUCCUUCAAACUGCCCAAGGCGGCCGAGACCAAGACGAAAGUGGUCAAGAAGGUCGCCAAGAAAUCUGCCGCUAAAAAACCCGCCGCGAAGAAAUCAACAGCCGCGAAGAGAGUUGCCAAGCCUAAGAAAGCCGCGACCCCUAAGAAGAAGGCAAAGGCACCGGCCAAGAGCCCCAAAAAGGCCAAGAAACCUGCGGCUAAGAAAUCUCCUGCCAAGAAAACUGUUGCCAAGAAACCUGCGAGAAAGCCACCAACCAAUAGAGGAUCACCCAAAAAGGCUACGGCCAGAAGGGCCAAGAAGUAAAUGUGCCGACUUUAAACUGCAUACCACUUCAAACAAAGGCUCUUUUAAGAGCCACCACAACUUCCACUUAAGAGCAUUUCCCAGCUAUGACACAAGCAUUUAGUAAAUAUUUAACAAAAUCCCCUUUAUCAAGUUGUACAUGCAGUAGAACUAUUACAAUCACUUAAAACAUACAUAUUUGUCACAUUACUCCUAGCUUGUCACUUAACCCUUAGAACUACGCUAUAACAGUACAUUCUGUCAUUGAAUUUUAUUAUUCAAC